AUGUCAGCAUCUUCGAUUUCAUUUUAUAUGUAUCUAUCUCAACAAAUUACAAUCUAUUCAUGUAUUCCAACUUUUAUACUUGGUGUUCUCGGUGGAUUCUUAAGCCUCAUCGUAUUUUUAAGUCUUCGAACAUUUCGAGAAAGUUCCUGUGCCUUCUAUUUGAUAGUUAUGUCAUUGGCUAAUCUCAUUCAUUUACUCGUGUGGUUAUCCGGUUAUAUUAUAAUAAAUGGAUUUGGAUAUGAUUGGAGUGUUAAUUCCCCAUUCUUGUGCAAAGGUCGAUUUUAUUUGUUUCAAUUAUGCUUAUUAGUGUCAUAUACAUCGAUCUGUUUUGCCAUGAUUGAUCAGUUUCUGAGCACUUCUUCGAAUCCUACAUUACAUCGAUUGUGUAAUAUCAAAUUAGCUCGAUAUGCAGCCAUAACAUCUGUAAUACUUUCACUUCUUCAUGGAAUUCCGUUUGCACUCUAUUCGAAUGUAAUCUCCCUAUCACUUGAUUCGAGUCAAUUAAUCUGUGUGCUUACGAGCAGGAUUGUCGGCAUUUACUUCAAUUUUGGUUUUAUAAUAGUACUUAUAGGUGUUUUACCGUUAUCAAUUAUGAUUGUCUUUGGUUUAUUGACAUAUUAUAAUAUAAAAAACUUAGCUUAUCGAACAGUUCCACUAGUCCGACGUGAGCUGGAUAAACAAUUAACACGGAUGGUUCUUGUUCAAGUUAUUUUCAAUUCGAUUGUUCUAUUACCAUAUGUAAUAGUAUUUCUUACCAUGAUUUAUUUGCCAAGUAAUAAUUUCAAUUUCUUUCUUUUGAUUUUAUGUAUUAAUCUACAUACUGUUGCAUUGGCAAGUCCUUUCUACAUAUACGUUUGUGUAUCGAAACGGUUUCGUCAACAAUUCAAACAUGUCAUUCGUACACUACAUACCAAUCGAUGGAGACAUCCUAACCAAAUACUACCGGAAAUACCAAACAUUACAAUAAAUAUGGUCAAUUAA